CCAGCAGCCAGCGCAGCGGCGGGCGAGGGAGCGAGUGAGUGAGUGGGCGGUCGCCUCCGACGCGGGUAGCCAUGCUGCGGCCGGGGCCCCGCGCGCUGCUCCUGUCCUUUUUCUUGCAGAUCCUCGCCACAGGAACGUCACAAGUAACAUGUCCAACACGGCAUCUGAAUUAUGAAAAGGAAUUGAAGAAAUGUCUUCUUCAAGACUACGAAAGAACAUUGGAACAUGACAGCCAGAUGAAGAUCCAUGCAUGGACAAUCUGGGAGUGGACCGAUAAUAAUUUAAAAUGGAAUCCCGGCGACUUUGGAAAUGUGCGCUCUAUUAAGAUGUUGAGCGACGACAUCUGGCAACCUGAUAUUUCCCUCAUGACAACGGAUGACGCAAACAUGCAUUUCGGGCUGCCCUCCACGUACUGCCAGGUGAGCAACUUGGGCAAAGUGCUGUGCGCGCCUCCCACCACUUUGCUGGGUCACUGCGUGCCGGACAUCACGCGCUGGCCCUUCGACGAGCAGACGUGCUCCAUCGUCAUGGGCUCCUGGUCGCAGCUCGCCAGCACGCUCAACCUCACCAUCUCCGGCACAGGGAUCACUCUGAACAAGCUGCCCAACGGGCUGUGGGACCUGAAAUGGGCCUCGGCGCGUGUCGUGCUCACUCAGCACGGCAAGUCGGACUACUACCCGACCAUCGAAUACACCUUCGCUCUGCGGCGCCACUCGGCCGCCGACACCUCGACAGCCGUCGCCCCUGCUCUAGUGGCUGGCGACGACGACGCUGCUCACCCUGCUGCUGGAGCCCGGCUGCUCGGAGCGGCUCAUCAUGGGCAUCACCAACGUGCUGGCGCACGUGCUCUACCUGCAAUACACGAGCUGGCGCCUGCCGCCCAACGGGGACACCGUGCCUGCGAUUGUGGUGUUCUUCCGGGACUCGCUGGUGCUGCUGGGCGCGGCGCUGGUGCUGGGCGUGGCGACGCGCCGCCUGGUGCAGGCGCGCUCGCCGCCGCCCGACUGGCUGCGCUC